UGUUGCGCAGAAUCCGUUGAGUUUAGGAAGAUAUUCAUCUGUGCGCAGUCGGACGAGCUGAGGAAAAGCACAGCCCCGCGACUUUCAGGCGAAGAGUACAGUAUAUUUCCAGUUACACGGGCGAAGAACAGGGAGCGAGACUUAUCCGGACUGUGUUCUCUUGAGCGAAACAUCUCAAAGACAUCUUUACACUUGUUUAAGUGGGAAAAGACUCUACAGCCAUGUCUGUGAACAUCCAUGUCAACAGCCCUAAUGUGAAGUAUACAGAUAAACACAUUGUGGCUGAGUAUUCCUAUCAGACCACAUCCGUGAACAGAGAAGGGAACACAAUCACGGUGACCCCCCGCGCCACCGAGAUGACGUUUCGCACUGAGAGGCAUGUGCCCCGGCUGGGUGUGAUGCUGGUGGGCUGGGGAGGAAACAACGGGUCCACGGUCACAGCAGCUGUACUGGCCAACAAGCUGGGUCUCACCUGGAUGACCAAGACUGGAAUGAAGAAAGCAAAUUACUUCGGCUCCCUCAUGCAGGCAUCUACUAUCUGUCUGGGAUCAGACCUGGAAGGCGAGGUCAGCGUGCCCCUCUGUGACCUCCUACCCAUGGUGUGCCCUAAUGAUAUUGUCUUUGAUGGCUGGGAUGUGUCCUCGAUGGAUCUGGGCCGUGCAAUGGAGCGAGCUCAGGUGCUUGAUUGGUCAUUGCAAGAGCAGCUCCGACCACACAUGAGCCAGUUGAAACCCAGACCAUCCAUCUAUAUCCCAGAAUUCAUUGCUGAGAACCAAGAGGGCCGAGCUGACAAUGUCCUCACUGGGACCCUGGCAGAGCAGGUGGAGCAGAUCAGAGCUGACAUAAGGGACUUCCGCCAUACGAGUGGUGUGGACAAAGUCAUUGUUCUGUGGACGGCGAAUACUGAGCGCUUCUGUGAUAUCAUACCAGGGGUCAAUGACUCUGCCAAGAACCUGCUAGCUGCAAUCCGGACUGGAGCAGAGGUUUCUCCAUCCACUCUGUUUGCAGUGGCCAGUAUACUGGAGGGCUGCGCCUACAUCAACGGCUCCCCACAGAACACUUUCGUCCCAGGGGCCAUAGAGCUGGCCAUGCAGAAAGGUGUGUUCAUUGGAGGAGAUGACUUCAAAUCUGGUCAGACCAAGAUCAAGUCAGUGCUGGUGGACUUUCUGGUCAGCGCAGGGAUCAAGCCGACCUCCAUUGUCAGCUACAAUCACCUUGGCAACAACGAUGGGAAAAACCUCUCGGCUCCACAGCAGUUCCGCUCCAAAGAGAUCUCCAAGAGCAACGUGGUGGAUGACAUGGUCCUGUCAAACCCUGUCCUGUACCAGCCUGGAGAGAAACCUGACCACUGUGUGGUGAUUAAGUAUGUGCCCUAUGUGGGAGACAGCAAGCGUGCCAUGGAUGAGUACACCUCGGAAAUAAUGAUGGGCGGGCUCAAUACUAUCGCUCUGCACAACACCUGUGAGGACUCUCUACUAGCCAGCCCAAUCAUCCUGGACCUGGUGAUCCUGACAGAGCUUUGUCAGCGUGUGACUGUCCGGCCUCAAGGCGAGGAGGACUUUCAGUCCUUCCAUAGUGUCUUAUCAGUGCUCUCCUUCCUCUGCAAGGCCCCCCUGGUCCCAUCAGGGACCCCGGUCAUCAAUGCCUUCUUCCGUCAGAGAGCCUGUAUAGAAAACAUCAUGAGAGCGUGCCUUGGCCUUCCUCCUCAGAACCACAUGCUCCUGGAGCACAAGCUGCAGAGAAACUUCCUGCCUCCACAUCCCACCUACAUCAACGGCGUAGUGGCUGCUCAGAAAAAAGUUGUCAUCACCAAUGGAAACCAUUCAACUCCAACAAAUGGCAUCUGUUCAAAUGCCAAUGAUGCAGCAUGUGUAUUUUGAUUACAAAUGCAACACUAAAGCCCAAAAUAGAACUGAAACUUUAUACCUUGUAUAAAAAGAGCUAAGGCCCUCAUUGAUCAAGCUGUCAUCGCAAAAAAAAAAAAAGAAAAGUUUGCAGAGUCAACUUGACAUUUUAUAUAAGAUUCAUUUAAAAUCAUAGAUAUCUUGCAAGUCUUGUCCUGGCGUGGAUCAGCAACAUUUCCACCUCAUACAAGCAAUCAGGAAAGGUGCUCAGCAAAAGAUCUGCUAGAUUCACUGCUUUGACAGAGGCCUAUGUGAAGCCCAUAGACCUCAGUCACCCAAGUCUGUAUACAGUGUAGAAAUACAGUUUUAUAAUUUAUUCAAGUGGUUUUUAAAUUUGCAAAUGUAAAAUACAAUUGUACAGUAUAGUUCCUAGAAACUGGUCUGUGUUUUGUAAACAUGUGAUAUUGAUCUUGCAGCUGGGAAAAUGGAACAGGUCAUUGUUGUUGUUGUCUGCUUGUACAGUUUAUGGGCUUGAUGAAUGAGUGACAUAACCUACUAUAACCUACUAUAUUUUGUGUUGUUGUCGAUCACUGCCUCGUGUUUUUGUGUGAAGCUAAAUGACAGAAAAUAUGGAUGUACUUUUAACUAUUUUGCUAAAGACUAACUUGGGCUAUUUAUAUACAAUAAACAUUUAAAUAUUAGUGUUUGAACUUAA